GUGUGACCAAUCAGCGGGCGAGAUGGGGUAGAGCGAUCUGCUGAUGGUCAUGUGACCCGAGCCGGAGUAUUAGCAGCCGCUUCUUCUUCUCCGCAUUCAUUCAAAGCCGGGCAGCCGCUCCUCCUCCUUCUUCCCCGGACCAGACACUGAUACAUUGUAGCACCGAUCUCCUCCACCACACACACUCCGAUACACAGAGAUCCCUUACUGAACGGAGCCGGCGAUGAGGAUCUGGGUCGGGAUUCUGUGCCUGGUGCUGACUGUACUGUCUACAGAGACUUCUCUACUGGCUGAGGAGGGACUGCUGAAAGAUGACACAAUUGCCAACUUACUGAAAGAGGAUAAUGAGGAUUUGGCUGCCAAAAAACCCCAUGUCCUGUUUAAUGCCCACUUCUCUACCAAUCCUGACGAAGGUUGUUACCUGGAUCCGGGGAAUGACGAGUGCCUGCAGAACUGCAAUUACAACACCUCUGCUAAGACCUUCAUUGUUAUCCAUGGGUGGACUAUGAGUGGGCUCUUCGAGAACUGGUUGCUCAAGCUGGUUUCGGCUCUUCAAGAGAGAGAACCAUACGCCAACAUCAUUGUGGUGGACUGGAUGUUCCUUGCCCAUCAGUUGUACCCCGAUGCUGUUAAUAACACAAAGUUUGUUGGGAGCGAGACUGCCAGACUGAUGGACUGGUUACAGGAAAAAGCUAAUUUGUCCCUCCAAAAUGUCCAUCUCAUUGGGUACAGUCUUGGGGCGCAUGUUGCUGGGUUUUCUGGUAACUACGUGAAUGGAACAAUUGGACGUAUUACAGGUUUGGACCCAGCAGGCCCAAUGUUUGAAGGGGUUGAAGCCCACAAACGUCUUUCCCCUGAUGAUGCAGAUUUUGUCGAUGUUCUUCACACGUAUACGAGAGAAGCAUUGGGUGUCAGCAUUGGCAUCCAGAUGCCAAUUGGCCAUAUCGAUAUCUACCCCAAUGGUGGAGACUUUCAGCCAGGCUGUGGCUUAACUGAUGUCCUUGGGGCAAUUGCUUAUGGCAGUAUUGGUGAAGCGGUGAAGUGUGAACAUGAGAGGUCAGUCCAUCUGUUUGUGGACUCCCUCAUCAAUAAAGACCAGGAGAGCUUUGCGUUCCAGUGUACAGACUCCAAUCGCUUCAAGAAGGGAAUCUGCCUGAGCUGCCGCAAGAACCGCUGCAACGCCAUCGGCUACAACGCUAGGAAGAGCACCAGCAAGAGGAACAGCAAAAUGUACCUGAAAACAAGGGCUCAGAUGCCUUACAAAGUUUUCCAUUACCAAUUGAAGAUGCACAUAUUUGACUACAAGAAGCAAGACUCAUCUACAGAACCCACUUUCACUGUCAAACUUUAUGGAACAGUAAAUGACUCUACCGCUCUGUCUUUGACUGUGCCUGAGACGAUUGGCUACAACUUCACGAAUACAUUCUUGGUUUACACUGAAGAAAACAUUGGUGACCUGAUGACUAUGAAGCUAACCUGGGAAGGAACCAAGCAACGCUGGUAUUCCUGGUGGAGCUCUCUGCAGAAUUACUGGUCGUCGUCCAACAACGGUGAUCAGGAGCUGCAUGUCCGCCGUAUCCGCGUGAAGUCUGGAGAAACGCAGCAGAAGUUCACUUUUUGUCUAAACGAUCUUCAUGCAAGUCGCAUAGCUCCUGGUGGUGAACUGGUCUUUACGAAAUGUAAAGAUGGCUGGGAAGUGAAGCCACGAAAACGGGUGAGUUUAUGAUUCCAUACACCCCUAACGUGAACGUCGCGCUCAACAAUGGAUGAUUGUUACAACUGGACCCCAAACUGGAAAAGUUCUAAAGCACUGAAGAUUAUGCUGCUCUUUUUAUUUAUCAAGAAAAGGUCUAAAAGACUAUUCCACAACGUAUCACCAGUUUGGCUGUGGGUUCGCCUUCAAGAGGAUUCCAACAGCAACUUUGAUGGCCCUUUUUUUUUUCUU